AUGUUAAAACUGUUUUUUGUUAAGACAUCUCCUAAAGUGAAGUCUGUGGCUGUAAGGACUGGGCUUAUCACCGAAUUUUGGCUUACGCCGCGUGUUUCGCUGGUUUUAGAUAAUUAUUCAAGAAUCUUGCGUACACACAAAAUGUCGAUUCACAUCAAGGACUCCGAGGACCUGAAGAACAAGUUGGCCGAGGCCGGCGAUAAGCUGGUGGUGAUCGACUUCAUGGCCACCUGGUGUGGGCCCUGCAAGAUGAUCGGGCCCAAGCUAGAUGAGAUGGCCAACGAGAUGGCCGACUCUAUCGUCGUACUGAAGGUCGACGUUGACGAGUGCGAGGAUAUCGCGACCGAGUACAACAUUAACUCCAUGCCCACAUUCGUAUUCGUGAAGAGCUCUAAGAAGCUCGAGGAGUUCUCCGGGGCGAACGUCGACAAACUCAAGAACACAAUCCUCAAGCACAAGUAA